AUGAAGACUGAACAAAGCCGCGUGGAGGCACCGGCAGAUCUCCGCGAGGUCAAAGAUCUGCUCCGAAAGCGCGCGUGUCAAAAGGAGGAUGCCCCGGAGAAGCAGGACGAACUCAAAUAUGUGGAUUUGGACUUAGAGGACCUGGAUAAGGGCGGAAUAAUUAGGGAGAAAGACUUUGGAUCUAAUGAAAGAAACCAAAUGUCUGUCGGCGGCUCUGAAGCUCCGCGCGCAACAGAGCCAAACCACGAGUCAUUGGUUAAAACUGAGAUUAAAACGAAGAAGAAAGACAAUUCUGUAGUUGGUAGAUGUUCUAAAGAUUUCAAGGAGUACCCCUCUCAUUCACAAUCUUUACGAGAUCAUCCCUCUGUUACAGCAAAGUCAGAGGAUUGCCUCAAAUCUGAAGACAAAAGCGAGCGCGACAUUGCGCAACAAGAGGAGAAGAAGAAGAAGACAGAAAGAGGAGAGGAGUUACGCUGCCUCCAUGAUGAUGAUUAUCUGAGCGGGAGGAAUGAGUCGGAUGAUUUUGAGGAGGAGGAUGAUGUUAGUUUGGUGCUUUCGGACGACAGCGUCCCGUGCGUAACGGAUGAUGAGUCCCACUACAUUACCACGCACGAGAUCCAGCUCGCGGAGCUCUCUGACCAUGAGGGGGAUUAUGAUAUCGGAGUGGGCUCCUCCGCCAGCUGGGACAUCGAGGAUGACAACCAGCAGGUGUACUCUUUUGUCGAUUACGCCUCAUUCGAUGGUGAUGGAGCGGCGGAGGGGCGCGCUCAGGACGCAGCAGAAGUCAGCACUCUGCUUGAAAGUGAUCCGAGCGACGCGGCCAAGUUCACCAGCUCAGAUGAGAGUGUGUCAAAGCAGCAGGGCAGUGGCAACGGUGCCGGACAGAUCCACCUGUCAAUCAGAACCACUUCUCGAGCUAUAAAUGACCCCAGCAACAUCCAAGAACAGAAAAAUAUUCUUUAUCAUGCCAGGCGCGCCGGAGACAUGAGCCGGUAUGUGUUAAGGGGAGUUGAUGGGAAGGCAGAGACGUUGUGUGACACGACGAAGUGUUUCAUAGCCGCGCCCGGACGCUUACACUUUGGCCGCAAAUUGAGGGGGAAAGAGGUCACCGAGUACUCCAGCGGUGCGUCCAGCGCUGUCAGCGAGCUGGACGACGCUGACAAGGAGGUGCGCAAUCUGACAGCCAAAUCCUUCAAGAGCCUGGCGUACCCUUACUUUGAUGCCAUUAAUUUCAGCACCUCCAGUGAGUCGUCCGCAUCAGAGCAUGGUUUGGGGAUUAACAGGUGGUCAACGUUUGUCGACCUGAAAUAUGGCAACAUGUCACAAGGAAUGGACCAAAGUGUAGUUUCACAUCAGAACGCUACAGCCUCUUUUGAAAUAGCCAAAAAUGUGGGCAGCAGAGGGUACAAAGGUUUGACACUGGCAAGCAUCAAACCGCCCACCAACAAGAUCUUCACUCUGAAUGGGACCCCCCACAGCGCGUCGACUUCAAAGAAAAUCGAGCUGAUGGGGAAACUCGGUCAGGGUCACGGUGGGGUGAUCAGACUCACAGAGACUCUGAAUUUUCGCUGUAAUGUCAAAUCGGGGAUGUCUGCAGGAGAAAGGCGCUCUAACUUUGCGCAAAAUUCUGCAGGAUCACGUUCCACAGAUGAAGUUACCAACAGUUUGCCAAGCAGCCAGAGGAGAGGGGCCAGCAAGCCUGCCUCUAACGCCAUGGAAGACACACACAAGAAGGCCAUCUUCGCCUCCAGCUUGCUUAAAAAUGUGAUUUCUAAGAAGAUGCAGUUCGAGCAGGAGCGCAAGAUGGAAAGAGGGGAGAUAAGUGAGCCGCAUCAAGCGCCUUCCCCGAGCUUUGUGCACCAGGACAGCGACAGCCACAGGGGGAAGGGGAGCAGGGAGCUGCACAGACAGAGCUCCAAGUUUUCAGAGAGCAGCUCAGACUACACCAUAAUGUGCUUGGAUGAAUUAGGGGACAUCAUUGACAGCGGCUCAUGUGAUACUAAGAGCGAUUCUCGGAGACGAGACACGGCCGCUCCCGCACUAGAAACUAAUUUAGAGCCGGCAAAUGAAGCUGGAAUCGAUGCUAAAAUAGGCGCAUUGGAAGCUUCCAAAAGCACGCUGCUACGGAGCCAAAAUAGCGCAUUCAGAUGUUGGAAGGACGAGGAGGUAGAGUUUCAAAAGGAUCAUAAAAACCAUAAAACUCCGGAGGAGAAGCUGCCUUCAGCUAACGACAAAGAAGGCGAGGGGGAUCGGUACUCAUCGGGCAGCAGCAAACUGAUUAAAAUGUCACAUUUGUUUGUGCCAAGUAUCCAACUGCUGCACAGUGACGGAGAAGAGGGGCAGCAGCUGCAGAACCGGAGUUACUCUCUAUGUGAGGACGGAGGAGGAAUAAAACCGCACUCUGACAACACUUUAUUCAUCGCAGACUCGAGGAGUGUGGCUACAUCUAAAUCUCCGGAGAUAAAAAUUAACUUGAGGAGCGUCAGAGACAAUAAAACCGAGCCGUUCGGUGUCUCCAAACUGCGCGCUCCUAAUUUAGGCUGUAACCCAGCCAGCCUCGGCAGAGCAGACGACUUCAAAUGCCAGGCCCUGGCUGCAGCUUUGAAGGGUGAGUGUUCAGAUAAAGUGCCGCAUUUCAUGGUUAGAGACAUUAGAGAAAAUAAAGGAAAGUUGCAGACGCCCAUUCAUCAAGUGAGAGACGUGCGUAAACUGGUGAAAAGCUCCUAUCACUUUGUUUCUUUGGAUAACAACGAGAAUAGAUCCGCUGCUGACAGCCACACAGAGCAGAAGAAGCUAAUGCCCUAUCGGAAUCUAAACUCUGUUUCCCCUAUAGUGAUAAAAUGUCAGUCUGUGAAUACAAACAGCAACGGGAAACAAGACAUUUCUAAAGGGGAGCUGCUUGACUUCGACAGGUCGUCUCCAGAGGGCGCUGUUCUGCAAAAAGCAGCAGGGAGAGUACCCAUAGAUAACCCAAAUAACUCCUCAGAGGGGGGCAGUGGAUUGAGAAUUGAAAGCAACAUGGCUUCAAAGAGGCAAGAAAAACCAUCAGAUAUCACAGAUAAGAAACCUGAAUCCAAGGUGGCGAACCAGGCGGCGUUCGACAAACUCCAGGCGGCUGUGAAAACCAUGGAGCAGCUCUACGUGUUCGAAAGGAAUGAGUGGAAGAGGAAGAACAAGCCCCGGCCGCUGACAGACAGCCAUGUUCUUUCACUGCUCACCAGCGAGGACCAUGAAGGACUGGAGGAGGAGGAGGUCAGAGGGUUCAACAUGGACAGGGCAGCCAGAAGAGACUCCUACCCCAACGCCGACAAGACACCCCCGGCUGUAGCGGCGUCCCCAAGCCUGCCCAGGAGAGACGACAAAGUGUUUCAGACUCCCAAGUCCAUGCAAACAACCACCAACGCCACAGGUCACAAAAACAUGUUCAGCCUCAGCUCCAAUCUUAAGCCCUCUGCGAGCACAAGGACGACCCAGCCGCCGAAUGCCGCCACGCAAACGCCCUUCAACACGAGGAGUUUCACCCCAAAGUCGCCAAAACUGCCCGUGUCCUUAAAAAGCAGCCAAACAAAGCGGAGUGGACAGGAAGGAGUCGAAACAAGGGAGGUAGAGAGGUCCUUGCAAGAUCUCUGGGGCGCAGACAACGAGAACUACCUAACGAUUCCGGUAAAGUCUCCCGCCAACACCAAGAAACCAGCACCAUCCGCUGAUAAAACAUUGGUGUACACGUUCACCACCAAGACGAACCCAGCCACCCCUACAAGACAGGUGGGAUCCACCACCAGGGGUCAUGAAGAGUACAACCAGUCCCCAAAGAGAGCCAGCAUUGUCAUGGAGCCGCGACCGCCUGAGAUCCCUCCUGCGACCAUCUACCACUCUUUGCCGUUGGGCAUGAAUGCAAAUCAGCCUCAGUUGUACUGCUUCUCCCCGGCAAUCACUCCCGCUCCCACUCUGGACCCGUUCCAGGCCACGCAGAGGAAGAUGCUCCUGGAUCCCACAACCGGAAACUACUACCUGGUGGACACUCCCGUGCAGCCGACCACAAAGCGCCUCUUUGACCCGGAAACAGGCCAGUACGUGGACGUGCCAAUGCCGCAGCCUCCUAUGACGCCGGUUCCCAUGCCGAUCUCACCGUUGGCGCUCAGUCCAGGAGCGUAUGGACACACCUACAUGAUCUACCCGGGCUUCAUGCCGACGCCGUCCGUGAUCCCGGCGAGGACACUGGUGCAGUCACAGAUGUCGAUGCAGUCGGAGGCUGAGAGCGUGGAGAAGGCUUCGUCGCAGCAGAUGGAAGGCCUGUACAUGGAAAGUCCUUUCUACAUGUCGACAGGAAAGUCUCCCCAGGCCGCCACCGGGUUUCAACCGCAGGCCGCCGCCACCAGCAGGCCAACACAGGGGUUCUCCACCGCCACGCAGCCUGUCAUCAGCAUCACCUCCCAGCAAGGUCCGCGGAUCAUUGCCCCGCCCUCUUUUGACGGGACUACCAUGAGCUUUGUGGUGGAGCACAGAUAAACGGCAGCCUACCUGGACAGGGCUGAUCUCUGAGUGGACGCUGGACUUCUCUGCAUCUUUGAUCACGUA